UUUGAGUGUGACUUGUGCGCAUGCGCUUUUCACUGACCGCGCAGUUCCUUUUGCUCAGACAUUUGAAAGCUGGCACAGGGAGCACCUCUGAGCAGGGCAUUGUCCCACACUGUUAACCUUUAAAGUUAAAACAUGGAACUGAAUAAUGCUCAUCUACAAAGUCUGACCGAGUUUCUCAGGAAAACACUUGACCCAGAUCCUUCAGUCAGACGCCCUGCUGAAAAGUUCCUUGAGUCCGUAGAGGGAAACCAGAACUAUCCUUUGUUACUACUCACAUUACUGGAAAAGUCCCAGGACGGGGUUAUCCGUGUUUGCGCUGCAGUGACAUUUAAGAAUUACAUCAAAAGGAAUUGGCGCAUUGUUGAAGAUGAGCCCAAUAAAAUCUCUGAUGCAGACAGAAUCGCAAUCAAGGCCAACAUUGUUAAUCUUAUGCUCAGUAGCCCAGAGCAGAUUCAGAAACAGUUAAGUGAUGCCAUCAGCAUCAUUGGACGGGAGGAUUUUCCUCAAAAAUGGCCUGACCUCUUGACAGAGAUGGUAAACCGCUUUGGGAGUGGAGACUUUCACAUUAUUAAUGGAGUACUACGAACUGCACACUCCCUUUUCAAGAGGUAUCGUCACGAGUUCAAAUCUAAUGAGCUUUGGACAGAGAUUAAAUUGGUUCUGGACACAUUUGCUCUGCCACUGACUAACCUGUUUAAGGGUACUAUUGAAUUGUGUCAGACCCAUGCUACAGAUAUUAAUGCCUUAAAGGUCCUCUUCUCAUCACUCACUCUGAUCUGUAAGCUCUUCUACAGCCUCAACUUCCAGGACCUUCCAGAGUUUUUUGAAGACAAUAUGGAGACCUGGAUGACAAAUUUUCAUGCUUUACUCACAAUAGAUAAUAAACUUCUUCAAACGGAUGACGAGGAAGAAGCAGGUCUUUUGGAGCUACUUAAGUCUCAAAUCUGUGAUAACGCUGCUCUUUAUGCUCAAAAAUAUGAUGAGGAGUUUCAGCCUUACCUCCCACGCUUUGUCACUGCCAUAUGGAACCUUUUAGUCUCCACAGGCCAAGAAGUCAAGUAUGACCUGCUUGUGAGUAAUGCUAUCCAGUUCUUGGCAUCUGUAUGUGAAAGGCCACACUAUAAACAUCUAUUUGAGGACCAAAAUAUUCUCACCAGCAUCUGUGAGAAGGUCAUUGUGCCCAACAUGGAGUUCAGAAGUGCUGAUGAAGAGGCAUUUGAAGAUAAUUCAGAGGAAUACAUUCGCAGGGACCUUGAAGGAUCUGAUAUUGACACUCGACGAAGGGCUGCAUGUGACCUGGUGAGGGGUCUGUGUAAAUAUUUUGAGGGUCCCGUCACCGCAAUCUUUUCCGGUUAUGUGAGCUCGAUGCUUACAGAAUUUGCCAAAAAUCCCGGAACAAACUGGAAACACAAAGAUGCUGCAAUUUAUUUGGUCACCUCAUUGGCAUCCAAAGCUCAAACACAGAAGCAUGGGAUCACACAGGCUAAUGAAUUAGUCAAUCUAACAGAGUUCUUUGUGAAUCACAUCCUCCCAGAUUUAAAAUCUCCCAAUGUUAACGAGUUCCCAGUGUUAAAAGCAGAUGCUAUCAAAUACGCCAUGAUCUUUAGAAGUCAACUUCCCAAGGAGCAUCUGAUACAGGCCAUUCCACUGCUCAUCGCUCAUCUUCAGGCAGAGAGCACAGUGCAACACACCUAUGCCGCUCACGCUCUAGAGAGGCUGUUUACUAUGAGAGGGCCCAACAACUCCACACUUAUUACUCCUGCGGAGAUGGCACCAUUUACAGAACAACUUCUCAACAACUUGUUCAAGGCGCUGGCUUUCCCUGCAUCUUCAGAAAAUGAAUACAUUAUGAAAGCGAUCAUGCGCAGUUUCUCACUGCUGCAGGAGGCCAUAGUCCCCUACAUUCCCACGUUAAUUGGUCAGCUCACUCACAAGCUUCUCUUAGUCAGCAAGAAUCCCAGCAAGCCUCACUUCAACCACUAUCUCUUUGAGUCUCUGUGUCUUUCUGUGCGCAUCACCUGCAAGGCCAACCCUGCCACUGUGGGCAGCUUUGAGGAGGCACUUUUCCCAGUUUUUACCGAAAUCCUCCAGAAUGAUGUCCAGGAGUUUCUUCCGUAUGUGUUCCAAGUGAUGUCUCUUCUCCUGGAGAUCCACUCCAACACGAUUCCUGACUCGUACAUGGCUCUGUUCCCUCACCUACUGCAGCCCGUGCUCUGGGAGCGGACAGGGAACAUCCCUCCACUUGUGCGUCUUCUUCAGGCUUAUUUGGAGAAGGGAGGAGCAACAAUUGCCUCCAAUGCUGCAGACAAGAUUCCUGGUUUGCUUGGCGUUUUUCAAAAACUUAUUGCCUCAAAGGCAAAUGACCACCAAGGAUUUUACCUUCUCAACAGCAUCAUAGAGCACAUGCCUCCGGAGGCUCUUACUCAGUACAGAAAACAAAUCUUCAUUUUGUUGUUCCAGAGGCUCCAGAGCUCCAAAACGACCAAAUUCAUCAAGAGUUUCUUAGUUUUUGUUAACUUGUAUGGUGUUAAAUAUGGGGCCAUUGCCCUUCAAGAGAUUUUUGAUGACAUACAGCCAAAAAUGUUUGGAAUGGUUUUGGAAAAAAUUGUGAUUCCAGAGGUGCAAAAGGUUUCUGGAUCUGUGGAAAAAAAGAUUUGUGCAGUUGGCAUUACUAAGAUCCUGACUGAAUGCCCUGCUAUGAUGGACACAGACUACACCAAACUUUGGACUCCUCUGCUCCAAGCCCUCAUUGGUUUGUUUGAGCUACCAGAAGAUGACAGUAUCCCUGACGACGAGCAUUUCAUUGACAUUGAGGACACUCCAGGAUAUCAGACUGCUUUCUCACAGCUGGCCUUUGCAGGGAAAAAGGAGCACGACCCAAUCGGAGAUGCUGUUGGCAAUCCCAAAAUCCACCUGGCACAAUCUUUGCACAAACUGUCUACUGCGUGUCCAGGAAGGGUCCCAUCUAUGAUCAGCACCAGCCUGAAUGCAGAGGCACUCCAGUACUUGCAGGGAUACCUACAGGCAGCCACUGUACAGUUGGUUUGAAGUCCUUACAGGUUUGGAUUGGUGACAGUGGUUUAUUCUCCAGAGGAAUUUAUCACAACGUUUCUGGAAAAGGAUUAAGGGAAGACCUGUCCAAAGGUUUUCUUAAAUACCACAACGGAUGUUUUGUCUUAUUUUGAUAUGGGACAGAUACAGACAAAAUGACUGCAUACACUUCACUUAGCAGUAGAGGGGAAUCGUAAUGAGCACUUAACAUCCAAAACAUAAGCGCUUUUUUUUUCUAUGAUCGAAUUCCCUUUUACAGUUAUUGAAGACUGCCCUGCUGCGUAAACAUAAUGCUUAGUAAUCUCUUGCAUGUUACCUGUAGAGUAAUGUCACUGUUUCAUGUGAAUAAAAAGAGGCACUUGUUUA